GUCAGCCACGCAUUGCUUAAAUGGAAUUAGUUUGGAUUGGAGCCCCUUGCAUAAGAAUCAGACAUGGUACAUGGGCAUCGGCUCAGACUGCUUUACGUUGUAUCAAGUCUUAUCCUGUUAGGACAUUUUGUAUCAACAAAAGAGAUAUCAGACAAAUCAUCCUCUUCAGAGUCAGUGCAAUGUGGCUCCUGGAUCAAGAACGUGGAUGGUGGCUUCUUCACAUCUCCCAAUUAUCCAAAUAAGUACCCUCCUGAUAGAGAAUGCACAUAUAUUAUUGAAGCUGCACCAAGGCAAAGUAUUGAACUCUACUUUGAUGAAAAAUAUUCCAUUGAACCUUCUUGGGAAUGCAAAUUUGACCACAUUGAAGUACGGGAUGGACCUUUUCCAUUUUCUACUGAAAUUGGACGUUACUGUGGUCAAAAUAUUCCACCUUUUAUAACAUCAUCGGGCAGAUUUUUAUGGAUUAAAUUUGUUGCUGAUGGCGAGCUUGAAUCUAUUGGAUUUCUGGCAAGAUACAACUUUAUACCAGAUCCUGAAUUUGCACACCUUGGUGCCCUGAAACCAUUGCCAGUGUGUGAGUUUGAAAUGGAAGGACCCGAGGGAAUCAUUGAAUCAAAGCAAAUCGUGCACGAAGGCAAGGCCAGACCCGCGGAGGCAGUUGAUUGUAAAUGGUUCAUUCGAGCACCACCAAAAUCGAAGAUCUAUUUGAGAUUUCUUGACUACGAGAUGGAGAACUCAAACGAGUGCAAGCGCAAUUUUGUGGCAAUCUAUGAUGGAAGCAGCGCAGUGGAGGAUCUGAAAGCCAAGUUCUGUAGCACCGUGGCCAAUGACCUGAUGCUUCGUACAGGUCUCGGUGUCGUCCGCAUGUGGGCUGACGAGGGGAGUCGGAGCAGUCACUUCCAGAUGCUUUUCACAUCCUUUCAAGAACCCCCCUGUGAAGCCAGCGCUUUCUUCUGUCACAGCAACAUGUGCAUCAACGACACAUUGGUCUGCAAUGGUGUGCAAAACUGUGUGUAUCCCUGGGACGAAAAUCACUGUAAAGAAAAACGAAAAGCUAACCUGCUGGACCAGCUUACCAACACCAGUGGGACUAUAAUUGGGAUCACAUCUUUCAUUGUGAUUAUCCUCAUUGUUAUCUCUGUUAUUGUUCAACUCAAACAGCCACGCAAAAAAUUCAUCCAAAGAAAACCCGACUUUGACCAAACAGUUUUUCAGGAGGUUUUUGAGCCUACACACUAUGAACUCUGUUCGCUUAAAGGAAAGGGGGCUGCAGCUGAUCUAGGGGACAUUGUAGAUGACUUUGACAACUACCAUAAACUGAGGCGAUCAUCUUCUAAAUGCAUUCACGACCAUCACUGUGGUUCCCAGAUAUCUAGCAUCAAAGGUAGCCGUAGUAACCUCAGCACUCGUGACGCCACCAUCCUCUCGGAAAUCCAGCCACAGCCAGUGAAGCCCAGUGUGCAGUCAUUAAGUCGGCGGAAUAUCCUGGUCAUGAAGCACAGCUACUCGCAGGAUGCGGCAGAUGCAUGUGAUAUUGAUGAAAUCGAAGAAGUCCCAACUACGAGUCACAGGCUGUCCAGAAAUGAUAAGGCUGUCCAGCGACUGCUUGAGAAUAAUGUGCUGCUGGAUGAUUUUGAACAUGCAUCAAAGAAUUUUGAAAUUAUGGACGUUGGUCACACGCCAGCAUGA